UUCGAUGACGCGAAUUCAAAAUGGUGAGUUUUGGCGCGAACCCCAUUAGUAGUGAUAGUGUCGGUAGCGCGCGCGGAUAUCCGCGGAACUGUCACCCUGGCUCCUCGCCCGCGCCAUGCCUCGAUGGACGCCGCCGCCGCCGCGCAGGCGACCACAGACCAGCCGGGGGAUGAAACGGAAAACGUGCUUGUGCCUUCCGACCCUGCGAAGUGGGACGGCGGCGACGUGCGGCGCUGGACUCGCUGGGCGGCGCGCACGUUCCGCGUGAGGGUGCCCCGCGCGCACCUGCUGCCCGACCGCGGCGCCGCGCUGCUGGCGCUCACUGAGGACCAGUGGUUGCAGGUAUGCGAGUCCCCCCAAGCGGCGCAGCUGCUGCGGGCGCACCUACAGCACGCGCGCGCCGCCGCCGCCGGCCUGCCGCCGCCGCCGCCGCUCGACCACCACGUCGAGGCUCCAGAGACACCCUCGCCCACUGGGGGACACAGUGAGUUCAUAGUAGUUAAAAGCAACAGCUGA